CGUGGAUGUUCUACGAAUCCCUUUUUCCUCGCUCUCACCAUCUCGGGUUUGUUAUCCGCACCUCCCUGAACCCAACCUGACCAAUCGUGGUCGCCUCCUCCUUCAGAGCCUCGCUAUGGCUUCCAUCGCUGGCAAAGUAUUUGCUCUGACAGGUGCGAGCUCUGGUCUCGGAUUAGCGACAUGCUCCAGGCUUGCCAGGCUAAAAGCCAGAGCCGUCUCCAUCGGCGACAUCAACCCCAGCUUUUUUGACAGCGCAAGAAAGAAACUGCAUGCUAUCAACCCUGAUAUGCAGGUAUCUGUGACCAAAGUCGACGUUGCUUCGAGCCUUGAUGUCAGCGCCUGGAUCAAGGACACGGUCAACACAUUUGACGGCCUCGACGGAGCAGUGAAUUGCGCGGGCGUCAUCAACAUGUCUGCAAGCCAACAAACGCCACUGUUCUUGAACGAAACGGACGAAACGUGGAACCGGGUGGUGAACGUGAACCUGACCGGGAUCUUGUACAGCAUGAGGGCGCAAGUCAAGGCGAUGAUGGAGUUGCCUAAGUCGCCGCGGAGCAUCGUCAACAUUGCCAGUGCGGCAAGUUUAUUCCACGAUCCGACCAUUCUGUCAUACUGUGUGACGAAGCACGCGGUGGCAUGCUUGACGACCACGGUGUCGAAAGAAUUGGGCCCGUUGGGGAUCAGAUUAAACGCUGUCUCUCCAAGCGCAACGAAGACGGGAAUGGCGUUAUCAUGGUACAAGGAUGAGGAGGAGGCCGAGGCAGAUAUGGCGAGGCGCGGGGUGGUAUUGCUUGACCCGGAGAGGGUGGCCGAGACGAUCACAUGGCUGCUGAGCGAGGAUUCGACGGGCAUCAACGGCGUCAAUGUUCCUGUUGGGGCGAGUGCUUCAUAGUUAGUCCAUGCAUUCGUUGUACAUAGUCAGCACUGAGCAGUGUACAUACCUCGGUGUUGUGGUCGCGCCCGUCGAAGAGAUGGGCGGGCGAUGGCGAUGGCGAUGGCGAUGGUGGGAGAAAGAAGAAUGCCACCGUCAAACUUCUCCCCGCCACCCGCCCGUCUCGCCUGCGUCCCACCGAACCACGACUAUCGGACCAUGUGCGCAAGAGCCACUUUCCACCUGUUCUUCC